AUGUACCAUCGUGGCUACGGCGGGCAUUACCGUGGCGGUAGAGGUGGCGGAAGGGGACACUCCCAUUGGCAUAACAAUGCGCCAAUGGAACGCGGUGGCCACAUGCCUUCAAAUAAUGAGGGAGCUGCCAUUUCCUCCGGUUCCACAGGGUUCUCACCACUAAUGGAUUUCUUUCAUUCAGUAGAGGGACGCAAUUACGGUGAACUGCGCUCCCUCACAAAUGAGACGUACCAAAUUUCCGAAAAUGUGAGAUGCACAUUUUUGUCCAUCCAGUCUGAUCCUUUUGCCCCUGGCAGUCAGGUGCGCUUGGUGUGCCCGUGCACAUUUUCUUUAGAGAAGGUGCUACAAACCACAGAUUUGGCGGCGGCGAACCCGUGCCGACGCGUUGCCGCCGAAGAUUUUAUUCUUCGUUCCUUCCAUGCUGGGUAUCGUAACGGUAUACCGCGCCGCACGAGUGGGGCUGUGCAGGUGCUUCGACCAUCGCAGCACGUGCUGGAGCGUAGCACCGUUGGCCUUGUCAAGGCGCAUCAACAGAAAAGCGGUAUGCAGGCAGAAAUCGAGAUAUUUGCUCGUGUAAAGCUACCGGGGCAUGGUCGACGUAUUGAUGGGCAUGGUGCUAUCGACAUAUUUUACAAUGAACUCGUCCCGCUCCUUGAACAAUGCGUCGUCGGGCUGAACGAAGAAGAUCUCCACCAACACGUCAUAUGCGUACAUGACCAAGAGGUACUUCGCUCCAACCUUCUGGGCGCCGGGUAUGUUGCCUUCGUUGCAAACGGUGCGAUUCUUCCGCGUGAUGCCGGUAACAGCGACAAGCCGUUGCGAGAUAAUGCGGUGCCAUUUCAAUCACCCAAAUCACUUGAGUGCUCAUUCACCCUACCACACAGUGGCAAAACAAUCACUGGCAUGGGCCUCCCACCGGGGCUUACCCUCAUAGCGGGUGGCGGUUUUCACGGCAAGUCAACGCUUCUGCGCGCUCUGGAGGUGGGAAUAUAUAACCACGUGCCUGAUGACGGUCGGACCUAUGUUGUGGUGGACCCAACAGCUGUUAAAAUCCGUGCGGAGGACAGGCGCUCGGUUCACGGCGUGGAUAUUUCACCCUUCAUCAACAAUCUUCCUUUUGGGAAGACCACUAAUUUCUUCGUAACAGCCGACGCCAGUGGGAGCACAAGUCAAGCAGCUAACAUCAUGGAGGCUUUGGAGUUGGGUUCGCAGUUACUAUUACUCGACGAAGACACCUGUGCCACUAAUCUAAUGUACCGUGAUGCGCUGAUGCAAAUGCUUGUUCCGCGGGCCCAGGAACCCAUUACGCCUUUCGUGGAGCGCGUAGCAGAUCUCUCACAGAAUCACGGGGUUUCCUCCAUCAUGGUUAUUGGCGGAUCCGGACAGUAUUUUCCACAGGCACGUGUUGUGCUCGUCAUGAAUGCCUACCAGAUCUCUGAUUGCACAAAGGAAGCGAAAGAAAUUGCCUCAAAUUCCUCGUUGCCGGCACUAAACCCUCCAGGAGACACCGCCUCCGUGUUCAUACCGGACGUGAACCGGUGUUUUGAUCCUGACGGCUCCUUCACAACAGUGCGCCGUCGACGUGGCAGGGAAGGAACCAAAGUGAGUGGCAUUGGUACAGAAUCUAUCCGAUUCUCGGAGGAAACUAUUGACCUUUCGAUGGUGGAACAGAUUGUUGAGGAGGGGCAAGUAAAUGCAAUAGCUCAGUGCCUCGCGUUGCUGUACGACGGGGAACCGCGGAUUGUGCCUGAAAUGACGACAAAGGGUGGUGCGCUAACACAAUUACCUUCUCCAGGUGGCGUGUGCGAGAUUCAAAGAGGAAAGUUUAACUCUAAUUUCUCCUCUAUGAUCGCUGGAUGCUGCAGUCACCAGCAUGACAAGCGACUUGAACUGCGAACACCCUCAUGUUAUCUACCUCGAGGGUUCACCUCAGCAACAAGGCACAUAGAGAUUGGUGCUGCCCUCAAUCGUUUGCGUACACUCCGGACCGUUACUGCGAAAAGAUGA